CUGGUUCCUUCUCGGCAAAGUCAGUUCACGAGUUUGAGCCGGCGCAGCACGGACCAGCCAAAAGAUUUCCUCCUCGUGUUUGCGCUUACUUAGGUUUCCCAAAUCUUGUAAAGAAAAUCAGAGAAACGCCAUUUGGAAUAAUCUGCUUCUCAGCGGCUGGAUGAUGGAAAUACGGAUUUUACUGCCUGCUCUGCUUCUCGUCUUCGGUUUGGGGGCAGUUUUCGCUCAGUCUUCCGCACCUGACCAAGUAUGUGAGACGAAAAAUGGGACAAGCUGUGAGGAAUGUCUGAGAAAUGUGUCGUGCUUGUGGUGUAUCACAACCAAGUCCUGUGUAACAUAUCCAGUGAGGACCAUCCUCCCACCUCAUUCGCUCUGUCCACUGAAUGAUGCUCGCUGGGGACUCUGCUGGAUGAACUUCCAGACGCUGAUCAUCACGUUGGCAGUGAUUGGAGGUGUUAUCAUCAUUGCCCUCCUGGUCUGUCUCUUCUGUUGCUGCAAGUGUGAGAACUUUGGAUCCAAAAGGUUUGAGGCCAAGAUGCAGAGAAAGUCCAAUAAUUUGAGAACCAAGCAGGAAGAAAGGAAGGCCGAGAUGAAACAGAGGCACGACGACAUCAGGAAGAAAUACGGUCUAAGCGGGCAAAAUCCAUACUCCAGAUUUGCCUGAGAACAUCUGUAAGCUGAGAUUUUACGUCACGGACACUCAGAAGAACCACAGACAUCUGGAGCCUGUCUGUCUUUGGCUUCUGAGAACUGACAUCACCUAAGAAUUAAUGUAAACUAUGAGACAGUUUCAGAAAAGUGAUUAGUAGUUUUGUGUAGGCAGCCUCCAGAGUCAUUCAGCCAAUGAACAGGUCCGUUCAAAGAAUGCUGCUUUUACUGUUCUGUCCCAAGAGGCUGCAACCAGAGACUAGAAUAGACACGUAGCCACAAUGCUCCUUAAAACUAUAGCAGUCUAUUCUGUGACUCCCAUCGCAUCAAUCUACUGUUACUAUUUAUUAUCUUAAGUUGAACUGUACAGAAUAGAAAGAGUCCAGUUUGGUUGCUGAACAAUUCUUUCUUUUUGCUGAAGAAAAUCUGUUGCAAAUGUUCAGAUUGCUCCUCUGUGUUGCUGCUAAGUGUAGAGAUCUGCUUAGAGAUUCUAUUGUAUUUUUGUAUUCUGUGUGAUUUUUUCUUGUUAUAAGUGGACUUAUUCCCAUUUUAAAACAUGAUAUUUUUAUUGCGUCAUUGCUGCACUUUUCAGUGACAGGAAUGUGUCAGCAAAAUAUGUCCACACUAAAAGUUUAAAAUAGUCUUUACCUUGUUCCUGAAUGUAUGAAGUAAUCCUUAAAUCAAUUGGAAUGUUUUGGUUCUAAAGUUGGAUUGAAGUCAGUUUGAUUGUUUUAUUGCUUUUAUAAUCUGUAAAGACAUUUAGUCCUAAUAAAAGACUUUGGAUGAAGAAUUCA